UCUCCGUGCUCUUCGGUGGAUAAAAGUAAAACACAAACACACACACACGAAGACAGUGGAGGAAGCUCGAAAUCCACACUCUGGCAAUGGAAGCAGUACAGUUCUCGACGGUUGCUUCUUCGCGCCAAUUCUCCGCAGCUUCUCAUUCUCACUCAUUCUCCUCGCUGACCCGCGGCCAGAACCAAGCCAGAAAACCACCGAGCAGUAAGCUUUGGACCGGUUCUACUACCAAUUCCACCGCCUCGCUCUCUUCCAGGAACUUGUUUUCCAGAGAGGUAUGGGGUUGGGUGAACUCCAAGAGUGUAACUAGUGUGAGAAGAGGAGAUAGGCGUGGUCUGGUUGUAAGAGCUGAAAUGUUUGGCCAACUCACAAGUGGUCUUGAGGCAGCCUGGAAUAAGCUCAAAGGAGAAGAGGUUUUGACCAAGGAAAAUAUAGUGGAGCCAAUGCGAGAUAUUAGGAGAGCUCUUUUGGAAGCAGAUGUAAGCCUUCCUGUUGUACGACGGUUUGUGCAAGCCGUCAGUGAGCAGGCUGUUGGCGUUGGGCUGAUUCGAGGAGUGAAACCGGAUCAGCAACUGGUUAAGGUUGUACGUGAUGAGCUUGUGAAAUUGAUGGGUGGGGAAGUAUCUGAACUAGUUUUUGCAAAAUCUGGUCCAACUGUAAUAUUAUUGGCUGGUUUACAAGGAGUUGGGAAAACAACUGUUUGUGCAAAAUUGGCUUAUUAUCUUAAGAAACAGGGGAAGAGUUGCAUGCUGGUUGCUGGAGAUGUGUACAGACCGGCUGCUAUUGACCAACUUGUUAUUUUGGGUGAACAGGUGAAUGUGCCUGUUUAUGCAGCAGGGACUGAGGUUAAACCUUCGGAAAUAGCCAAGCAAGGUUUAGAAGAGGCAAAAAAGAAAAACAUAGAUGUAGUAAUAAUGGAUACUGCUGGAAGGCUUCAGAUAGACAAAGGAAUGAUGGAUGAGCUGAAAGAAGUGAAGCGGGCAUUGAAUCCCACAGAAGUUUUGCUUGUUGUUGAUGCAAUGACUGGACAAGAAGCUGCAGCCUUAGUGACAACAUUCAAUCUAGAGAUCGGAAUUACAGGAGCCAUUUUGACAAAGCUGGACGGGGAUUCUAGAGGUGGAGCAGCUUUAAGUGUUAAAGAGGUAUCAGGAAAGCCAAUCAAGCUUGUAGGGCGGGGAGAACGUAUGGAGGACCUUGAACCCUUCUACCCAGAUCGCAUGGCAGGACGUAUCUUAGGAAUGGGGGAUGUCCUUUCCUUUGUGGAGAAGGCACAAGAAGUUAUGAAACAAGAAGAUGCUGAAGAGCUGCAAAAGAAGAUAAUGAGUGCAAAGUUCGACUUCAAUGAUUUCCUAAAGCAAACUCGAGCUGUUGCACGUAUGGGUUCCAUGACUCGUGUUUUAGGAAUGAUCCCUGGUAUGGGGAAGGUUACUCCUGCACAAAUUCGAGAAGCAGAGAAGAGUUUAAAGAUAAUGGAAGGAAUGAUUGAAGCAAUGACCCCUGAGGAGAGGGAGAAGCCAGAAUUGUUGGCAGAAUCUCCUGUCAGGCGGAAAAGAGUUGCUCAAGAGUCUGGAAAAACAGAGCAGCAGGUGAACCAACUUGUUGCACAACUCUUCCAAAUGCGUGUUCGUAUGAAGAAUUUGAUGGGUGCAAUGGAAGGUGGAUCCAUUCCUGCACUGAGCAAUCUUGAGGAGGCGAUAAAAAGUGAACAGAAGGCUCCUCCUGGUACUGCAAGGAGGAAGAGGAGAUCGGACUCAAGGAAGAAGUUUGUAGAUGCUGCCUCAACAAGGUCAAGUCCUCGUGGUUUUGGGGCAGGGAACUAAUUACUAAGACAGUGCUGCGGUAGAGACUUCAGGUCAAUUGAUUAUAGGCUCUCAAUUUGUUACUCUGGUGAGAUGUCUCUACUAAACCUCUUUGAAGGUGAAGUAUUCAAGGUUCUCUGAGAUGGGCGGAUUCAUUGCUUUUCCAUCAAGAAUGUGGCACUUGUGCAAAUGUUCCUGCAUCUUUAUAUGUAACUUAACACCAUGUACAUGAACAUGUCUUGUUUACAAGUUGGAUGUGUUAUGUGUAUUUGUAAUGCAUCAUUGCUUGAGAUAAAAAAAUGUCAAAAUAUUAAAAUUCUUUCUCAAUCA